UUGCAUUCACAUUGGCACAGCCUCCUCUCCUCCAAAAUUCUUGUAAAGCUCUCACCUUUAUAUAUUCCGGAGAACCAGAAGGGUGAUAAAAAUUUGCUGAAAACAUCAUGAGUUCCCAUAGCUUCUCCAAGAGAGCUUACAGCUUCUUCAAAACUUACCCUUCUGCUGCCAAGCUUCUUCUCCUCAGUACCUGCAGCGGUGGUGGUUUACUAGUGUACUCAGACUCGAAUCCACCGAAGCGUACAUUAACCGCAGAUGGCCAAGAAACCAAGAAGAAGAAAGUGGUCGUUCUCGGGAGCGGCUGGGGCGGCUACAGCUUCUUGAGCUACCUCAACAACCCCAACUACGACGUCCAAGUCGUCUCUCCUCGCAACUUCUUCCUCUUCACUCCCCUCUUGCCGAGCGUCACCAACGGCACCGUCGAGGCCCGAAGCAUCGUCGAGCCCAUCCGCGGCCUUAUGCGCAAGAAAGGGUUCGAGUACACCGAGGCAGAGUGCGUCAAGAUCGAUGCUUCAAACAAGAAGAUCCUCUGCAUGUCCAAAGAUGCCUCUAAGGACGCAAAGGAGUUUAACAUGGACUACGACAUUCUUGUCGUCGCUGUCGGAGCUAAGCCUAACACGUUCAACACCCCUGGAGUUGAGGAAAAUGCCCAUUUCCUCAAGGAGGCUGAGGAUGCUCUCAAGAUUCGUCAGUCGGUUAUCAACUCUUUCGAGAGGGCGUCUCUUCCUGAUCUAACCGAAGAAGAGAGGAAAAAGAUUCUGCACUUCGUUGUGGUUGGUGGUGGGCCCACCGGUGUCGAGUUCUCAGCUGAGCUACACGACUUCUUGGUCGAGGACGUGGCUAAGAUAUACCCUAAGGUUCAAGAGUUUACGAGGAUCACUCUUCUUGAAGCAGGCGACCACAUUCUCAACAUGUUUGAUAAGAGGAUCACUGCUUUUGCUGAGGAGAAGUUCCAGAGAGACGGGAUCGAUUUGAAGACGAAGAACAUGGUUGUGGGAGUGACUGCUGAUAAGAUAUCAACAAAGGAGAUUGCAACUGGUAAAAUUGUCUCUGAGCCUUAUGGUAUGGUUGUGUGGUCAACGGGGAUUGGUAUACGUCCUGUCAUCAAGGAGUUUAUGCAUCAGAUUGGUCAGGGUCAGAGGCGUGUCUUGGCGACUGAUGAAUGGCUUAGAGUGGAGGGAUGUGACAGUGUCUAUGCUUUGGGUGACACUGCAACCAUUAACCAACGCAGAGUCAUGGAAGAUAUAGCUGCAAUUUUCAGCAAGGCAGACAAGGGAGAGACAGGGACAUUGAACAAGAAAGAGUUCAAAAGCGGUGUGAAAGACAUUUGCCAGAGGUACCCUCAGGUGGAGCUCUACUUGAAGAAGAAGAAACUGAGAAACAUUGCAAACUUGCUCAAGAGUGCUAACGGCGAUGACACUAAGGUCAACAUCGAAACGUUUAAGCAAGCACUCUCUGAGGUUGAUACUCAGAUGAAGAAUCUUCCAGCAACUGCACAGGUUGCGUCGCAACAAGGGAAGUAUCUUGCGAAGUGCUUCAACAAAAUGGAGAAGUGUGAGAAAAAGCCAGAGGGUCCAUUGAGGUUCAGAGGAGAAGGUAGGCACAGGUUCCAGCCGUUUAGGUACAGACAUUUUGGAUCGUUUGCUCCGUUGGGAGGGGAACAGACCGCCGCUGAACUGCCAGGGGAUUGGGUCUCCAUUGGUCACAGCAGCCAGUGGCUUUGGUACUCUGUUUACGCUAGCAAACUGGUGAGCUGGCGCACAAGGUCGCUCGUGGUGUCUGACUGGGUUCGGCGCUUCAUCUUUGGCCGUGACUCCAGCAGCAUCUAAGCUUCUUUAUUUUUGCUUCUCUCCAAACUUUUUUGUUUCUCCUUCAAGAUUUUGCAUGAUGUCCUAAAUGUUCUUUUACUGUUUUUUUUUCGGGAGCUCAUGAUUAUUACAAGUCACAAACUUAAGAUUGCAAGUGGGAUCCAUGUCUUAGCAUUAAGCAUCUGAGCACAAUAUUGUCG